AUGGCUCACGCUAUGGCGUCGCCAGUCGCAGCGUCCAUCUCCACUGCCAGGCUAGCGCAGCCAGCAGCGUCGCUAUCGGCGUCGCCCUCGUGGCAGCAACCCUUUGUCGGCCUUCAGUCGCAAUCGUCCUCCGUGGCGUCGUUGCGUGGCGGCGCGCGUUCGCUCUCCGACCGCCUCUUCCACACCGUAGCCGCCGCCACCACCGCCGCUCGUCCCGCCGGCGCGGGGCGGCGAGCGCGCGUGGUGAUGAUGCCGAUUGGCACGCCCAAGGUGCCGUACCGCACGCCGGGCGAGGGCGGCUGGCAGUGGGUCGACAUCUGGAACGUGCUGUACCGGGAGCGGAUCAUAUUCAUAGGGCAGUUCAUGGACGAGGAGUACACGAACCAGGUGCUGGCCACCAUGCUGUACCUGGACAGCCUUGACUCCUCCAAGCCCAUGUACAUGUACAUCAACAGCCCCGGUGGCGAGUUGACGCCGACGCUGGCGCUGUACGACACGAUUCGCUCCAUCAAGUCCCCGGUGGGCACGUUGGCUCUCGGCUACGCCUACAACAACGCCGGCUUCCUCCUUGCUGCCGGCACCAAGGGACUGCGUGUGGCCAUGCCCAUGACCCGAGUGGCUCUGCAAUCACCUGCAGGAGCUGCCCGUGGCCAGGCGGAUGACAUUCAGAACGAGGCAAGGGAGCUGUCCCGGGUUCGCACGUACGUGUUUGGGGAGCUCGCUAAAAUGACAGGCCAGCCCGUGGAGAAGGUGACCAAGGACCUGUCACGGAUAAAGCGGUUCAGUGCGCAGGAGGCGCUGGACUACGGCCUCAUUGAUCGCAUUGUUAGGCCGCGCCGAGUCAAACCCGAUGCCGCAUCUCGCCAGCCCAUCGGUUUCAAAUCGACGGACAGAGCUGAUGUCAUCUUCAAGGCGCUUCGUCAUGCUCACCAAUCCAAGGAUGGUGCGGACGUGGAUCCACCUUACCCCUUUCAUCCAAUACUCGACUUCGCAAGAGCAACCACUAGCACCAUGGCGUUGAAUCUGAUGUGGACAAUUGUUGCUGUUUGCAUCUUGGGCAACGUGGCGAGCGCAUCGAGAGUUGGUCCUGCGGAGAAUCUGGCCAUGGUGACGGACGAUGCCCUUGGCAUGCUCGGUGAAGGUCAUCUUGUUUCCGAAUUCAGAGCCUUUGCCAGCAGGUUUGCCAAAGCUUACACGACGCAACAUGAAGCUUUGAAGCGGUUUCGCAUUUUCACUGAAAACUGGAGACUGAUUCACGAGGCUAAUUCCGCCGACCUGCCGUACAAGCUUGAAAUCAAUGAGUUUGCUGAUAUCUCUUGGGAUGAAUUCAAGCAGCACAAGCUGGGCGCGUCUCAAAAUUGCUCAGCUACGGAUGGUGGUCAUGUUUUGACUCACAAAAACCUGCCGUUGCGUAAAGAUUGGCGGGAUGAGGGUGUUGUUAGCCCAGUUAAGAAUCAAGGCCACUGCGGUUCCUGCUGGACCUUCAGCACCACUGGAGCCUUGGAGGCGGCGUACCUUCAAAAGACUGGUAAUUUCGUCUCGCUCUCUGAGCAACAGCUGGUUGAUUGCGCUGGGGAGUACAAUAAUCACGGCUGCAACGGUGGCUUGCCAUCUCAGGCGUUUGAGUAUGUGAAGUACAAUGGUGGCAUUGAUACAGAGGACGCGUAUCCCUACCUAGGUCAGAAUGACCAGUGUCACUUCUCUCCCAAGCGGAUUGGAGCACGAGUUGCAGAUGUUGUAAACAUUACAGAGUACGAUGAGGCGAGUCUUCAAGAUGCUGUGGCAUUCGUUCGCCCUGUCAGUAUCGCGUUUGAGGUGGUGGAUGGUUUCCGGUUCUACAAGAGUGGAGUUUACGUUUCAGACACUUGCAAGUCGGGACCUGAUACUGUCAAUCAUGCUGUUCUGGCGGUUGGGUACGACACCUCUGAGGAUGUUCCUUAUUGGAUUGUCAAGAAUUCCUGGGGCGCUGAGUGGGGUGAUCAAGGAUUUUUCAAGAUCAAGCUGGGAGAGAAUAUGUGUGGUGUGGCAACUUGUGCAUCCUACCCUGUGCUCGAAGACUAG